AUGCAUUUGCCUCUCAACUCCCUUAUAAAAGCCCUUCACCACCACCACCAUCAUCACCACGAACCAAUCCACCUCCACCACCACCAUCUAACCAUUACACACACAAAGAAAUUGAUAAUGGGUCUUAGAAGAUCUCACAACAAACAAACACAAGCAAUAGCCGACAAGAGAAUCAUCAAGAAAGGCUCAAAUAUUGAAGACGAUGACAAUGGCUACCCAACUGACGUCCCCAGAGGACACUUUGUAGUGUACGUAGGAGAAAGAAGAAGCAGAUACAUCAUACCGAUAUCAUGCCUACAUGACAUAGGGUUCCAAAUCCUGCUACGUCAAGCUGAGGAAGAGUUUGGGUUUAACCACGACAUGGGGUUGACCAUUCCUUGCCUUGAACAAGAUUUCUUGUCUAUCUUCUCUUGA